AUGCCUAUAGACAUCGAUUUGUUUGUGAGAUACUCGUCUCUUUAUCGAUUGAAGAGGAUUACAGCAUACUGUUGGCGAUUCAAAACCAAUGCCUGCAAUAAAGAAGAACGGCAAACCGGUCCUUUAUCAGUGGAAGAGUUGGAUAGAGCCAUGCAGUCACUUAUACGAGUCGCUCAAUCACACGAAUUUGCAACUGAAAUCAAGGAUCUUCAAACAAAACGGGAAAUAUCGAGAAAGAGCAAGCUUCUUACCUUGAAUCCGUUUUUAGACGAAUCGGGACUAUUACGCGUAGGAGGCAGGCUUCGUCACGCGGACACAGACCAUUCAAAGCGACAUCCAAUUAUUUUACCUGCUAAGCGGCAUCUUACCGAGUUAAUCGUUCGAGAUGCGCAUCUCAAACAGAUGCAUAUGGGGCCUCAAGGUCUUCUAGCGCACUUGCGUUGUAAUUAUUGGCCGUUAUCAGGCUGUCAAACAAUUCGACGCGUCUUACGAAAAUGUAUUGCGUGUUUCCGCGUCCGUCCAAGCGAGAAAACACAAUUGAUGGGAGAUCUCCCGAAAGAGCGCGUGACUCCACAUCGAGCGUUUAUUAAUUCAGGGUUAGAUUACGCGGGACCGUUUCCCAUAAAAUUGUCGCGAAAUAAGACAGGAAAGUCUUACUUAUGUAUCUUUGUAUGCCUUUCAACUAAAGCCGUACAUUUAGAAUUGGUUAGCGAUCUAACCACGACAGCCUUUCUCAAUGCGUUGAAACGAUUCAUGGCCAGGCGAGGUCGAUGUGCAAAUUUAUUCUCAGACAAUGGCACGAAUUUUAUAGGUGCAAACAAUGAACUUCAAGCGCUUUCCCGUAUGAUCAAGGGGGAACGUGAAAAUAUUGAACGUUUUUUAGCAGAUCAGUCAGUGCAGUGGCAUUUCAUACCUGCACACUCUCCACACAUGGGCGGGCUCUGGGAAGCAGUUGUAAAAUCUGCCAAAACUCACUUAAAACGAAUCAUUGGUAGCAGCUUACUAACCUUUGAAGAGCUCAGCACUAUAUUCGCACAAAUCGAAGCCGUGUUAAAUUCACGCCCACUUUGUCCGAUCUCCAAUGACCCGAACGAUUAUGAUGUACUCACUCCCGGACAUUUAAUCAUUGGUGAACCAUUAAACUCCUUUCCAGAGCUCGACCUUCUUGAGGUUCCUACGAAUCGAUUAACAAGGUUCCAAUUAUUAGCUCAAAUCCGUCAGAAUUUUUGGAGUCAUUGGUCUUGCGAAUAUCUCACGCAACUCCAGAACCGUUAUAAAUGGCAAAAACCUCAUUACAAUGAAAUCAAGAUCGGAUCACUGGCUCUCUUAAAGGAUAAAGAUUUACCACCAUUAAGGUGGCGUACAGGUCGAAUUAUAGAAACUCAUCCUGGAAGCGAUGGCCACGUGCGAGUGGUUAGCAUAAAAACCUCCAACGGCGUAACUAAACGCGCUAUCAAUAAAAUUUGUGUUCUUCCGAUAGAAACGUAA